AUGGAACACCUGAAACAAGGAGAUUACUUAUACGCAAAAGGGGAUUUUGAGAAUGCUUGUGAACACUACAUGAAGACGAUAAACGAUGUAGAGCCUUCGCAUGUUAUCAAAAAGGUAAUAUUUUGUAAAAAAUUAAAAUUUUGAGUAAGGUUUGAGUCAAUAAGUUGUAAUGGACAGUAUUGGUUAUAUAUUUUAUUGUUAUCACACGAUUUUGAAGAUGGUUUGAAUUAUAAAUGUGUAAAACUUAUUAUCUUUAGUUUGUUGAUGGCUCUCGAAUUUCUCAGCUUUGUACAUACCUCGAACAUCUUCACAAAAAGCGGGUCUCUAAUGGUCAUCACUCCAUAUUACUCUUAAGUGCCUUGGUAAAGCAGAAUAAUGUUGAAAAGAUCACAGAAUUCAUAGAGAAAACGAAAGAAAGGAAUGAGUACGACUACGAGACGGCGAUUCAGAUCCUCAGAGAAGCAAAGCAUAACAAGUUCGCAUUGAGAUUGGCAAAGCUUCAGGGUGUUCUGGAGGCUUAUAUUGACAUACUGAUUACGGACUUCAAGGAUUAUGCAGAAGCUAUUGAGUUCAUCAGAAGUUGUAAUAUUACUGAUAAGACAAACUUCUUAACUCAAUAUGGCAACGAGUUGUUUAAGUUUAACAGAAAGGCUGUCACAGAACUGGUCAAGGUGGUCAUCAAUGAAAAUCGUAAGUUUAUGGAAGUGUUUAAGGUAGAAGUCGAAAUAUCGCUAUUUUCAGCUGCCAAUUCCAAGUUCUUGCUCAGAACUAUACUAGAAGAUGGAGAAUGUCUAGAAGAAGUGUGCAAAAACCCUGCGGGCACAGGUGUACUACCUCCAGACGACUCUUCUACUUGUGUCGCACUUCUGGAGCAUUUGAUAGCAAAGAUGAGUGAUGAUGACAAGAAGAAUCCGGAACAGCUGGACCAACUGUACGACUUGGUGAGGCCGGAUACUGUGAACGAUGCUAUUCAACUGGGCAGACAGUACAACGUACCUGCUCUUGUGUUUUAUGUGUACAGGAAGACGAAGAAGUAUGUAUUUAUAACAUUAUUUUUCAAAAAUUUGGCAUUGAUAUGAAUAUUAUAAUUUCGAUGUAUACUGAAUAUACUCGUGUACAUAUUAAUAUAUAAAAAAUUUUAGGACAGAAGACUUGCUACGGUACCUGCUACAAGAAGGAGAUCUAGAACAUGUGAUUGAAAUGUGUGAUGAGAGAUUACUGAAGAAUAUGUGGAUAGAACUGAUAACUCAUGUAGCCAAGAAAGAAGAUCUGGAUCCGGAUGACUUGAUUCGGCUACUUGAUAAGUAAGCUUGCUCUCCGGAGUUACUUAUAGAUAUUAUUUUAAAAUAAUUACUUUGUUAAUUACAUUAUAUAUUAAUUUUAGAGCCAAAGCAUCAAAUUUCGCACAUCCACUUGUGGUAUUGGAGAUUCUAGCAAGAAACGACAAUCUGAAGGUAGCAGAUGUAUUGGAUUACAUUGUCAAUUGGCUGGAGACUCAGAAUAAGUUUGUAAGGGGUUUAAGCAUCAUAUUUAACACUACUUUUGUUUUUAAAACGUUGAGCUUUGAAUGCAGAAGACUAAUAUUGAUGUUGAUGAUACACACUUUUAGAUAAACGAACACGAAAAGUUGAUAGAGAAAAGUGAAGAGGAAAUAGCUGAAAUGGACAAGAAAGCUGACAAUUUAGAGCAUGGGUACGGUUUAUUUUUUAAAAAUUGUUAUUUUUUGAUUUUUUCGUUUGCAUAUUAGUAUUACUCAAGCAAUUCUUUUCUCAAUUUUCUUACCUAAAAUACUAUUUUUAGUGUGCAAGUGUUCCAAGUGAGUAAAUGUUCGUCUUGUGAUGCUUCACUAUCAGUGCCAGCCGUCCACUUCGUAUGUAACCAUUCCUUUCAUCUACCUUGUUUCGAAUCGGCUUCUGAUGCACCAGAAGAGUGUCCAGUAUGUGCAAGUAACACGAAACAAGAUACGAACCAGCAGAAGAAAGGUGGCAACAUUUCUCAUUUGACGUUUUUACAAGAGGUGGGUUCAGCUUUUUUAAUUUUGGUAUUUUAAAAGUUUUAAACGGAAAUUUGACUUUUUAAAAUAUUUUUGGCAGGAUUUUUUUUAUUUCAAAUAUGAUCCUUUAAACUUCUGAUUAUGAAGUACAACUUGUAAUCAGAAAACGUGUAUUCAGAGCCUUGUGACAUAGAUAAGAACGUGUGAUAAUCAAAUGUUUGACGCUUAUAUAAUUGAAAAUUUUUUAUUUUCGAAAAAUAUUGAAGAUUUGUGGUUUUAGCUGCAAAGCUCUGACGAUGCCAUAAGUUUGAUAGCCAGUUACAUUGCCAAAGGCGCUUUUGAAAGUGGAAACACUUAA